AUGAGUAGUAGUAAACACAAAUUGUUUAUUUAUGAGGAAAUCAUAAUCAAUGUACUGAAUCGUCUGCCUUUGAAAUCGCUAGCAAGAUUUAAAUGUGUAUCAAAGAAAUGGCGAAAGUACAUUGCUGAAGUUUAUCGUUGUCGUCUCCAAUGGCCCAAACCCUACCUGAUUGGUUUCUUUUGUGUAGAGAAACGUCUCCAAAGUCGUUUCUUCUUCUCAUCUAAGGAAUCACCACUGUUAAUUGGUACUAGUUUGGAUGAGUCAGUCGAUUCCAUUGGUGAGAGAGUGUAUGUUGUUGCAUCUUCCAAUGGUUUUCUCCUCUGCAAUAAGCUUAGGAGCUGGCAGAGAGUUUAUUAUGUUUAUAAUCCUGCCACAAGGCAGCGUUUGGAUCUCCCUAAAACUUUAAUUCUUAUGGAUGAUCCAUAUGUUGGAUUUACUUAUAAGGUAGAUGAAGAUGACUCUGUCUCGUUUACUAUAGUUCGUUUUGUAGUACCAGUAAGUUGGGAAAAGUUUGGGCUCCAGUAUAGUUUAACAAUUGAAAGUUUCUCUUCAGAGAUUAAUAUUUGGACUGCUAACAAGCUGAUCGUUGAUGUACCUAUUGAUUUGUACCCUUCUAGGGAUAUGACUUCAUCAACAUCUGCUGGUGUAGUCGAUGGAGUAUUCUGUUGGCUUGAUAGUAAUGGGCGAUGGAUGACCGUUUAUGAUAGUAUAAGAAUGUGUUUUUGGGCAUUGGAAUUGCCUGAACACACGGUGGUCUAUCCCGGCUAUUGUUGUCUUGGAUUAUCAGGUGGGGAACUUUGUUUUGCAUCAAAUCGUUGGACAACAACCAUAACUUGUUGGCGGCUCAGCAAUUUUCCUAGUCGAGAUGCAGUUUGGGUUUGGAAGUAUGAUGUAGAUGUUGCUACUGUAGUUCAAAAAUGUCAAGAGGAUUUUGGACUCGGAGGAAACAAUGCUCUCGGAUUUGAUGUUGGGAACAUGAUUUUUCAUCCUGCUCUUUCGGACAUCUUGUAUUUGCAAAUAAGAGGCAAGGUUAUUUCUUAUGACUUGAAUACAAGUGCUGUAGAACUUGUGUAUGAUUUUGGACAACCUUGGCGGAAGACACUACACUACAAAUUGUUUUCCUAUGAAUGGCCUCAAUGGCCACGUCUCCAGUAG